AUGGCCAGUAACCCCUUACCCCUGUCGGGAACUAGCCAGAAACUACAAAAACAAACACAACCAAAUCUCCAAAAACUGCCUCUACACUCUCAGCCUAAAAUAACCACAAGCAACCCUGUUAGGCAGCACACCGCCACUCUUUCAAGCUCUAAAGCCUCUCCUUCUCCUUCCUGGGCGGAGAGGGUAAGAGUCACGGACACUAGCACACGGUUCUCCUUGGAGCCUAUACCGCGACAGCAGGCUGGAGCUAGUCUUAAAAUUCCUGAGGCAAUUCUGACAGAGACUACAGAGAAAUGGACCCGCUGUAUGAUAGGUUUCUUUCCUGGAUUUAAAAUGCCAUUUCAUGUUGUUAACACCAUUGCAUCUAGAGUCUGGGCAAGCUAUGGACUUGAAAAUGUGAUGACUACUGCCAAUGGCUUCAUGGUUUUUCGUUUCAAAACUGAGGCCGAAAUGCAUGUGGUCCUGGAGAAAGGACCUUGGAUGUUCGGGGGAAAGGCCAUAAUCCUCCAGCAAUGGCAUCCUCAUUUUGUAUUUGACAAGAACAAAAUUUCAAAACUUCCUGUUUGGAUACGUCUACAUGGUCUGCCGUUUCCAUUGUGGUCAAAAUCUGGACUCAGUCUCGCAGCUAGUAUGGUAGGUAAGCCAUUGUCAUGUGAUGAGCAGACUUACAAUUGCACUCGUCUGGAUUAUGCGAGAGUAUGUGUGGAGAUUGACGCCUCACUGCCAUUCAUUCACCAGUUUGACAUGGAAAGCAAACUGUCGGAUGAGCCAGUUUUAAUUCAGGUUGAGUAUGAAUGGAGGCCUCCCCGAUGUGAAAAGUGGUGUGUUUUUGGCCAUGUCUGCCGUGGGGUGACUACAGUGGGCCAACCAAACACUGUACCAUGUCCAACUAAUGUUAGAAUAUUGAGCAAGGAAGCUCCCUCUAAGGUUAGGGAUACAGACAUUCAGACUGUAGCAGCUAACCCUACUGUCGCAGACCGUACUCCCUCUGCUACUAGUCCCUCUGCAUCUAACUUCCUUGUGGGUGUUCAAGCUCCCUCUGCACCUACUCCCCCUGCUACCAGUCUUGCAGCUAACUUGUUAGCCCAUGGUACUCCAAUAGGUUCUGGUGAUGAUAGGUUGCAUCUGCUACCCUCAACUAGCAAAGCCAUCCUCCAAGGAACUCGUGGAGAGGAGGCAUACGAGUCAGACCAUACCUCAGAAGCUGAUCCUUUGAGUGUUGAAGAAUGCCAACAUCUCAUAACUGGUUUCCCACCCUGUGUGGAGAGCAAGAUGGUAGCUUUUGCUAGCAGUAGUGAAGCCUCAUCGACUGCCAAGGAUAGUUCUUUUGACACCUCAUCGAUUCAGACAGGAUCUUGGAAUGUAUGGGGGCUUAAUUCCCCCAACAAACAAAAAACUGUUAGAGAUUGGGUUACUAAUCACAAGCUUGGAAUUGUUGGCUUGUUGGAGAGCAAAAUUGCACCGGCCAGACUGGAUCCAUGGGUAACUUGUGAUGUUACUACACUCUCCUCUAAUACUAGUCUCAAGAUAACCUUUGUCUAUGGGCUCAAUACGCCUGCUGGUAGGGGGGUGUUAUGGGAUUACAUACUAAGUCAAGCUCCUCAGUUCUCAUCAUCACCUUGGGUCCUCAUGGGUGAUUUUAAUGCUACACUGAAGGCUACUGAUCGCUCAGGGGGGCUAAAGUUUUCUUGGCAUAAUGGCCAGCUGGGAAAGGAUGCUAUUAUGAAGAAACUGGAUUGGAUAUUUGGUAAUUUCCCUUUCCUUUCCUAUUGGCCAGCAGCCCACGCUAACUUCCUCCCAAGAGACCACUCAGAUCACAGUGCCAUGAUCCUAGCCUUAACCCCUCCUUCACCCCGAAUGCCUGCACCUUUCAAAUUCUUGAAUGUUUGGGCAGACCGAAUGGACUUUCAGGACAUUGUCAAAGCAACUUGGCAAUCUCCAGUAAAUGGCAACCCGAUGUACAGAUUCACUUCUAAACUUCAACUUAUCAAGCAUGCACUCAAGGACUUGCAUAGAAACAACUCAAGCCAUAUAUCAGCUAGAGUGGCAGAGGCAAAAACAAGGUGGAAUUUAGCUCAAGUUCUGUUGGAUGAGUCUCCCACCUCAGAAGAUCUUCUUGCUGCAGAAAGGGAAUGUGCUGUACUUUAUUCUCAGCUUUAUAAGGAUGAGGAGGCUAUAUUUAAGCAGAGAUCAAGGAUCCAAUGGCUAAAGUUAGGGGACCGCAACACAAAAUUCUUUCACAGGUCUCUGCUACAUAGACAAUCAAGGAAUGGGAUCCAUGUUCUUGCUGAUGAGACGGAGGAGGAUCCUUCGAUGCUUUUCACCAACCCUAUCCCCACUCCUCUGAUCCCUGGGCUUAUACUUCCUGUCACAAAUGAGGAGAUCAAGACUGCCUUGUUCUCCAUCCCAGACAACAAAGCACCCGGGCCAGAUGGAUUCACAUCUCUAUUUUUCAAACGUUGCUGGGACAUUAUUGGAGCUGAAUUUUUAGCAGCAAUAAAAUAUUUCUUUGACCAUACCACUCUCCCACGAUGUGUCAAUGCAACUAGAAUUGCGUUAGUCUCUAAGGUAGAGAAUCCUACCUGCAUGGAUGACUACAGGCCCAUCUCCUGCUGCAACGUAAUGUACAAGUGCAUAUCCAAAAUCAUGGUGGCUAGGUUGAAGACUAUCUUACCCGAAGUCAUUGGUCCCUCACAGUCUGCCUUUGUCCCUGGAAGGCAAAUCUCAGAUAAUAUAUUGCUCACUCAAGAAUUAAUGCACAACUAUCAUUUAAACAGGGGCCCGGCAAGAUGUGCACUAAAAGUGGACCUCAGGAAGGCAUUUGACACAAUCAGCUGGCCUUACAUUUUGAUGGGAUUGAAAGCCAUUGGCAUUCCAGACCGUAUGGUUAGGUGGAUUCACCUAUGUAUUUCUUCAGCUCACUUUUCUGUUGGUAUCAACGGUCUUCUGCAUGGUUUUUUCCAGUCCAGUAGAGGCAUUCGCCAAGGUGAUCCUCUCUCCCCCUAUCUCUUCGUUUUGGCUAUGAAAGGAUUAGGAGGUAUCUUGAGUAAGUCCACUAUGGAUCCUAGCUUCAAGUUCCAUUGGAGGUGUAGGCAGAACAAAAUCACUCAUCUCAGUUUUGCGGACGACUUGAUGAUCUUUUGCCAAGCAGACCUGGCUUCGGUUGGCAUUAUUCGUGUAGCCAUGGAUUCCUUCUGUAAGAUAUCAGGGCUAGCUAUUAAUCACGACAAAAGUUAUGUUUUCCUAUCAGGGGUGGAUCCAGAUCUCAGGAUAGCAAUCACAAACCAGCUUAACUUCAAGCCGGGGACUCUGCCAGUGAAGUAUCUUGGCGUCCCUUUAAUUAGCACCAGGCUGACUUAUCAGAAUUGUUUGGCUUUGAUUGACAGAAUCACUUCUAGGAUUAAGGUCUGGACCUCAGCCUCCCUCACCUAUGCUGGGCGUCUUCAGCUUAUUAAAUCCACUCUUUUCUCGAUACAAGUAUAUUGGUCCAGCAUGUUUAUAUUCUGCCAUGUGCCACAGUCAGGAAAAUUGAGAGCAUCCUAUCUGCGUUUCUAUGGAAAGGAACUACGCUCACUCCCACAGGAGCCAAAGUUACCUGGACCUCUUUAUGCUACCCUCUCUAAGAGGGUGGCUUGGGGAUUAAAAGGCGCUGCUUCUGGUAUACCAAUGUCCCCUCAACUUCUUCAUGGUCCUGGCGGAAAAUUCUUCAAAGCAGAAGCUGGUGCAAGGGCUUUUUUAUCUUCAACGGGUCUACCAUGGGAUGCAAAAGUGUCAGAUAUAAUUCUAAAUGGAAGAUGGGCAUUCCCUCCUGGGCACUCUGACCUCCAACCUGUCUGGAAUUCCAUCCUUUCACAGCCACGACCUCACUUAUGUGAUUAUUACACUUGGCCGGGACACUCCUCAGGAAAUUUCUCAAUUGAUUCAGCAUGGGAACUGCUUAGGGAUUCCAGGCCAUUGGACUCAUUAUAUCAUCUAAUCUGGUUCAAAGGGCAUAUUCCUCGUCAAGCUUUUAUUCUCUGGAUAGCCUCAAUGGAGCGACUGCACACCAUGGACAGGCUCACCUCCUUCGGUAUCCUAUCUUCAUCAACCUGCGUUCUAUGUGGCACGCAUAAUGAGACUCAUGACCAUCUUUUCUUCCAGUGCGCAUACUCAUCAAUAUUAUGGGGUAACAUCUCAGUAAAAACACUUAUAGCCUGGCCCUCUUUAACUUGGAAUGGAUUGCUUCUGUGGGCGGGUUCCACACUGAGGAACAACAAGGAAUUUUCCCAUAUAAUAGCAAGACUUGUUCUCUCUACAUCUGUUUAUUUCAUCUGGUUUGAGCGAAACAACAGAAUUUUCAACAGAGUUUUUAAGACAGCACAAGAGCGCAUGGAUGAAGUUGUUGAACUCAUCCGUAUCUGCCUUCUCGAAAAGGAUCAUACUCAGAUCCCUGGCACUUUCAAAUGCAUCUGGAGACUACCAAGGAGCUAA